AUUAUUAUUGCCCAGAGGAAAACUGUUACUAUUUCUGGUAUCAUUUCUCGUCAGAUCGAAAUAAAAUUCGUUCGAUCGCCAGUAAACCCUAAGGAUCGAUUCCUUCUGGGAUUCAUUUUUUUUUUAAUCAGACAGAUUAAGAGAUUCUCGUAUCUUAGUCUCCGUUGUCUGGAAUCGGGAUCAUGACGACCGGCGAUCUUGUUAAUAUUCAACCCACAGAGUUGAAGUUCCCUUAAUUUGUGUUUCGAAUUGGGGCAAAAUUUGUGCUUCCGUUGGGUCCCUUAUGACACUGGAGACAGGGACUGGUUAGGGAAAUUCUGAAUCUGAAAUUUGAAUUGAGGAAGCAAAGUUCGUGUACGAUGCAAUUGACCAACAAGACAAACAACUAUGUUGCCUUCAAGAUUAAGACAACCAAUCCUAAGAAAUACUGUGUUCGUCCUAACACCGGCAUUGUCUCCCCUGGAACUACUUGCAAUGUAACAGUUACGAUGCAAGCCCAGAAGGAGGUUCCUCCGGACAUGCAAUGCAAAGACAAGUUCCUUGUUCAGAGUGUUGUUGUCCCAGAUGGCACAACUUCAAAGGACAUAAUGGCCAACACGUUCAACAAGGAGCCGGGUAAAAUUAUCGAAGAGUUCAAAUUGCGGGUUGUUUACAUCCCAGCUAAUCCACCUUCGCCUGUCCCUGAAGGAUCUGACGAAGGGAACUCCCCUAGGGCUUCCGCUAAUGAAACCGGUUCUCAGAAUGGCUCACUCUACGAUGAUGUAUCAAGAACGUUAGAAGAAACGACCGAGAAGUCUUCUGAGGCAUGGUCAGUGAUUUCAAAGCUGACCGAGGAGAAGACAUCUGCUAUCCAACGAAGUCAGAAGCUCCAACAGGAACUGGAAAUGAUGAGAAAGGAAUCAACCAAGAACCGACCCAGUGGUCAUCCACUGUUGUUGACGGUGCUGGUCGGUCUGCUCGGCCUUGUGAUUGGCUACUUGUUGAAGCGGACAUAACACGGGCAUUCUGUCUCAUUUUCCGUAAUAAGUCAUUCCAGUGUUAAAAUCUUUGCCAAGUUUUUGUUUUGGGGGGAUUGGACUUGAACUCUCUUCCCUUUAUUUCUUCUUCUCUUCAAAGUGUGUAAACUGGUUAGCCACAGCCCCCCGCCACCCUCGCCCUGGUUCGAAGAUUCUCUCCUUGAAGCCCACUUUGUGUCUGUAGACAUGUCUGAAGAUUCAUCUGUCUUUUUUCCUUCUUUUUUUUUUUAUUUCUGGGUUUUUCCCCGGGAGUUCUAACAGUCUUAUGAAAAGAAAGGAACUUUCAUAGA